AUGAAAAAACUAAAAAAUCUCACACAUGAAGAACUAAUAAAACAUUACAAACACUUACAAAUUCUUCUCGCAGAUGGUGAUUUAAUAGAUAUCAAUGGAAUUGAAAUGGCCCAUGAAUUAAAGUCAGUACCAGCUGUGGUUGAUGAUGACAUAACACGUUAUGAGCUCCAAACGAGGUGGGAGAGUCGUAAAAAUAGCGUGAAAGCUUUAAGUUUUCAACUUUCUAGUAUUUUAGAUACUUUAGAAGAAGUUUCUUACACCGCUAAUGAUUUGAUGGCCAAAAGUGAGGCUGUUUCACAAUCUAAUGAAAUCGGUAACUAUGAAUUUAUAUUAAGUCUUGUGAUUUGGUAUGAUAUUUUAACAGAAGUAAAUAUUGUGAGCAAAAGUGUUCAAGAUCAUAACAUGGAUAUAAAUACUUCUGUAAAAAUGGUUCAAAGUCUUCUUCAGUUUUUGCACCAAUACAGAGAAAACGAGUUCAAUUUGGCGAAAAGUGCCCCUAACAAAUUAGCCAAAAAUGCUGAUAUUACAGUGGCUUUCAAAAAUCCACGAGUAAGAAAAAAAAAGAAACUAUUCGAAUAUGAAAACGUCGACGAACCCAUGUUAAAUAAUGAAGACAGGUUUCGUACAAAUUAUUUUUUCAUCAUUCUUGACAAUGCAAACAGUCGAUUGAGAAACGCUUUAAACAGUUGGAGACUUAUUCGGACAAUUUUGGAUUUUUGCAUUGAAUUAGCAAAUAACGAUCUAAAAGAUGUAGAUGGAUUUGAUUUAUUUUCUGAACUGAUUAUUUUCCGAUCUUUAGUUGACGAAGACACAAAUUCGCUCCAGGCACUAAAUAUUUUAAAAACUUCUAACGGAUUAUUUCCUAAUCUAACCAUUGCUCUAAGAAUAAUGCUAACCAUUCCUGUAACAUCAGCUUGUGCAGAAAGAAUGUUUUCCAAGUUAAAAUUAAUAAAAACUUAUUUGCGCAAUCAACUAGGCUAA